AUGCCAAACAGCCCCUUAAAGCUGCGCGCGAAAGCCUACAACCGCCUGGCAGGCCGCAAAACCGAAGAUCCUGGUGGAGACGCGGCGGCGACGGCUCCAUUGGGGGGUAGGGGUCUUGCUGGGCUGUUCGACGCCUCGGUAUGCGUUACUCGACGCCUCCAUUGCGAAGCCGUGGUUAUUUUGCGGAGUCAGCCGAAAGCCACCGGUCUGCGGAAGGGCUCUAUUGUCGCGUUCGCUAGCUACCAUUUCAACUGCGCAAGCGGAAAGUUA